GUGUGUGGAGAGGUGGGGGGUUAGAGCCCGGGCAGACGGCCGUGCUCUUUAAACGCCUUUCUUAGGUCCCACAAUAUGGUGCUUGCCACUUAACUCUGCUGAUGGAAUUGAACGUAAUUAUCGGAUUAGUGUCCUGGUGCUCAGAACCUGAAAAUAUUUACUGUGCCGCAGUGAUGGUGCCGUUCUCAGGCACUCAGUCGGUUUUGUGCGGCACCUAAAAGUACUACUGACAGUUGCGUUGUUGUUUUUUUGUUGCUGUUUGUUUGUUUGUUUGUUUGUUUUUUUUGGGGGGGGAGACUGCAUAGAUUUAUUUAUUUGGAGAAGCCAUGAUCUAGUGGAAAGUAAGGCAAAGUGGAUCCAGCAGUAAUACAAAGCGAGAUUCGUUUACAGAGGCCAGGACACGCACCCCAUCCAGGCCAAAAACCUGCCGCUUUUCUGUUAUGUCUGUCUCCUCUCUUCCGGAAUGGAAGCAGGUCCUGUUAGAAAGAAAGAGGAGAGAAGAAGAGGAACGGGAAAGGAGAGAAAAAGAGGAAGAGGAGAAGUUUGCCAACAUGCCUGCCUGGAAGCGAGGGAUCAUUCAGCGGAGGAAGGCAAAGCAGGAAAUCCCGGUUGACCGGGAGAAGGAGAGAGACAUCUCUGUCCUGCAGCUGGAUGCUCCACCUCCCUCGGAUGUACUAAGUGAUACAGAUAACUCUGUAACUGCCAGUCAGGGAAAUGAACAAUCACUCAGUCCAGAUCCGAGCCAAUGGAUGGAUGUAGACCAUAAUUCAGUGAGUCAGGUCUCUGUGGAAACCAUAGUUCCGGUCCAUGAAAACCCAUUUAUACGCACACAGUGUGUGUGGAGGAAGGUCAAAGAAGGAGAUGUGGGGUACCAGGAGAGGGGCAAUGACUUGGAGGCAAAAGAGAGGGAAAAGGACAAAAUGCCCCCCAGAGGUCAUGAUAGGGAGACAGGAAGAGGGAGAAAUAUAGAGCAGAAAAUAGGGAGAUUUCGAGAUUUGAGUGAAGGACAAGACAAGGAGAGGAGCAGAGACAGGAGUCAAGGGCGAGAGAAUAACAGGGAGAUUUGGGAAAAGGCUUCACGGAAAGAAUCAGUGAAAGAUAUACCCAAGGAGAAAGGAUUCCCAAAGGAGGAAAAUGAAAGUGAUCCAGCUAGUUCAUUUUCUCCCCACGUCCCUUGUCUUCGAACCAUACGUGCAGACAAUAUCAUCAUCAUCGAACAGAACCGCAGAGGCAGUGAUGAAAUAAGAACAAAUUGGAGGGAGAUGGAGGUCGAGCGGCCCGAGGAGGACUUGCAAGGGAAGAUUGGGAUGAAGAUGGACCUGAGAGAGAUUCUGGCAGGGGGUGCGAGCGUGACCGAGAUCCGAGCCUCUGAUGUGCUCAUCAUAAAGCCCACAGCAAGCACUGAAGAGCGGUCUUCGGGAGGGGGAGGAGGCAAAAGCUCUGGGAGAGAGGAGGGCGAGAUGUGCACCAUGGAGGCAAAGAGGGAGAAUUUGGUCAGGGAACUCAGAACCGAAAUUUCCUGGAUGAGGGAAAAUGAGAAUCCCAAAGAAAAAGACAGACCAUGCGGCCAGGCAACAGUAAUUAAGGAUAACAGGAUGGACAGUUUGGAUGACAAUGUGUUUUAUGAAAGAGGAGGGCGAGUUAGUCAGCUGCUCUCUAAAUUUGGGGAGCUCCGUAGGCCUCCAUCCAGAUCGAAAAGUUCAGAUAAUUUCCUCAGGCCCAGUAGAAGGACAAAUUCAAGGGAUAACGAUGAACAAAAUGAGGGGAGGAUAUCCGACGGGAGAAAUGUGCCGCUCAAAGGUGUGCCAAAACGUUCAUUCAGCUUCUCAGAUAGGGCCGUCUGUGCUAAGGAAAAUAGAUUGGAUCCAGAUGGGUACUUUGAAAGGAAAACACGUGAGAGGAUACAUUCAGACAGGAGUGGGUUAGGGUUAGGGAAGGAAACACCAGCAAAGUGCAGAAUGGGGUGUGCACGACUUCUGGACAAAGACAAGUUAGAAAAGCAAACAGACGGACAAUUAAGAAAUGAAGUUCAGUGUGAUGCAUUACAUAAAAGAAGCGAUACAGGGAUGGGAUUUCAAAACAGGAUCGAAGUCAAGAGGUUAGACCCAGUUGAAAGGAAAGCUACAGGCUUGGAAGGUGACGAUGAUAGAGAAGGCUUCACAAUGGCAUCUGUAAAAAGCACGGAGGGAAUUUCAUUUGCGAGAAGAAUACCAAUCAGGCACGAUGGAAAAGCAAGGAUGGCUGAAAGAGAGAUGAGGAGACUCACAGAGAAAGGUUUUAAAUGCGAUCUGAGCGCAGAAAACGAUUCAGACUCGGGAAGACAUUCUGAGGGACAAGUUUGCGACAAAACGGAUGUAUUUGAGAAAACUGAGGCAUUCCCCAGCCGCAGUCCUGCAGAGAGUUGCUAUAGGCUUGAAACAGACCUCAGAGAUUGCUCCAGUCUGCUCAGUACUGUAGCAGAUAGAGGGGCAGAAUAUGAUGCUUUGUCCCAUCACACAGAAGAACUUAUUAGCAAAAUAGGAAAAAAAAUGGAUGUAUCUGAUUAUUGCAUUGAGAAAAGUGAAAGAUCUUUCAGGAUUGAGUGCAAGCAGAGGGCACAAGUUCAUAAUGAGACUGCUGCUUAUGAUGUAACCCCCAGAUCUCUAAAGGGGAUCCCUCCUGCAGGGAACCCUGCAGGUCCCCUAGAGAUCCAGAUCCCAAGGGCUGUGUUUUACGUUGCAGAGGAGAUGGCGAGAAAGAAGACCACAGGUCAAAGCAAGGAUGGAAAAGACUCGGAGGGAGGACAAGGAGUCGAAAGGAGGGAUAGUUGGAGGGUUGGCAAGCCCUUGAGCCGCGUAGAGUCCCUGCGAGAGAAAAUUAGACAAAAAGAGCAGGAGAGACCAAGACAGAGCAGGGCACAGGGUGUGAAUGGGGGUGAAAGUAAAAGGGUUUGUGAUGCACAGACAGAAGGGGACACAUGUCAGGAGAGUGGGACUGAAAAAGAGAAGGAAUGGGAAACCACGGCUCCUUUGCAGAAGAAAAUGAUUGCAUCAAAGAGCGGUGAGGCAGACACAGCGCUACAGACAUCCGGGUCUGCGUUUGACAUCAUGCAGGAAGUCGAUGUGUUGAAAAACUGCCCUCAGCUUCCUGUUUCUGUCCUGCACUCACCCACUGCCGAUGGAGAGGAAGUAAGUAGCGGCUUCGCCAAUACUCCCUCCGAAGAUAGCGGUGAAUGUCUUCAAAUAUCCGUCGAUGAACGUGACUCCCUGAAACGUGUGGAAGAACAAGUGACGCACCACAGGAGCCAACACCGGAGCAGGGAAGGAGAACGAGAGGAAAAAGACGCUGAGGACCCUGAGAAGGAAGUUGAAGGAUACACAUCAUCCAUUGAUCCUGCACAACCUCCCUCCCCUUCACCACCACAUCCUAACUCCCUCGCAGCAAUGAGCCGGAUCUACAACUUGGAGACAGUUGGUUCAAGGUCAGGCUUGUGUUUAAGAGAGAGGAAUGUGGACAUCUCAUCGGUGCAUCUUAUUAAGGUGAAGCCCCUCAUCACAUCAAAUGCACAACAGGGAGAUGGUAAAGCAUUAUCGGGUGAAGACACCAGUGCGCUUAAGACAAUACAACUCCAAAUUGAGCAGUUUCAACUUAAAGAGCAGGAAGUGCUGCACUGUCAACAUGUUGACUCCACAGCAAACACUCCUGGUAAGGACAAAGAGACAAAAGGUCCACAAAGCAAAGAAUUAAAAAAGCAUCAGAUCAAAGAGAUGGCCAAAGACAUGCCAGAAACUAACCUCAAAGUGUGUCCCAGACGUGUUUUUUCUCCAACGACCCAGCUCAAACAACAAAACCCAAUUAAUACCUCACACCUUAGGAGCCAAUCCCCAGACAAAUCCCUGAAACCCUCUGACUGCGCACCAACUCCAGCCUCCUCGCCGUGUCCUCCCUCUCCUGCUGCCUCUCCAACACGAUCACCAACGUUCUUCUCCAUUCGCAGUGCCUCUGGGGGUCAUGUGAAGAGAGGGGCCACCAUUACAAUCACCCCCAAAAAGUCUAUAGGAAUGGGGAGAACAACUGGAUCCAUGACGUCGUGCAUAUCAGUGGCAUGCACCAAUACAAAAAUGCCCCAUCAGACCCAACAAACCCAGACAACCUCGGCUCUUGCUGAGCCCACGAAGAAGUACCCAGCAGUAGAGGACAUUGAAGUGAUUGGCGGAUAUCAGAAUCUGGAGAAAUCAUGUCUUGUUAGGGGCAAAGGGACUCCGAAAAGGGGGAAGGUGUGCUUCGAUGAGAACCGGCUCGAGCAGGUGUGCGAGUAUCCUUCAGAGACCUCCAUGUUGAUGUCCACCCCUUACCCCCAUGACCCAGGGAGUGCUGAGAUGUCGCCGGAUGAGCAGCCGCAGGAGGAGGAAGGGGGAGCCGACGGAGGAGCCGUCGUGUCCAAGAUCCCAAGAAAUCUGGGGACUGCAUUGCGACGGGGCCUAAGAGUGGAUGAGUCUUGCCCUCGGUAGAUGCCACUCACCUCGCCAAAAUGCCCAUGCGAUGCAAUCAGGUUUUUUCCAUGAGGUUUUUUUGUAUGUUCCAUUAGAUCUGUUGAAAUGAGUCAACUCAGUCUCUGUAGUGACUGAUUUACAGUUUUGUUCCUGCUGUUGAUACAGCAGCACUUAUGAGUUUAUAUUUAGUUUUAUUUUUCAGGGGACAAAUGUGAAUGUAUGGCACGUAAUGUCAAAGUCCUAGUUCACCAGCUGUUUUUUGGUGCUCUGUGGGAAAAGAUCCCUCGGCUAUGCAAUUAAUACAUUCACUGCCAUUGACGGCUUUAGAAGUCAAAUAUCCAUGAUAACCGGGAGGGAUAGCAGUGACGAAUUAAAAAAUGUUUUAUUCUGUUGUUAAUAUGUUGGGUAGGAUUUCAAUGUAUGAAUUUAAGUCAGUCAAUAUUUGUAAUCUGAGUGCCUUGUGCCUGCUUUAUAUACCGAACUGACGCAUGAUAGAUCAGUUCAUGUUGGGAUGUUGUUUUUAUUUCAUAUAUUCUCUCAAGAAAAAGGAGUGCGCGACUUUUAUUUUACUAUUUUGUCACAUGGAAGUGGCAAAAACUGAUCUAGGAAGAAGUACAGGAAAAUAAUUACAACAGGUUACAGUUCAAAAGAGUAUUGACUGUGUAUUAUUUACACAUAUUUAGUACUUCUUUGCAUAUGAACAUGUUUGAUUGGUAAAAUGUGCAUAAAGUCUGUACAGAAUGUCCACAAAUUAUUUUGAUCUAUUUUUGAAAGAGCUGGCUUAAAAAAUAUAAUAAAUA